UUUAGUCAUUUUAAAUAAAGUAACUUAUAAAUAUGAAAAAGUAUUAUCAAUUAUCGUUAAUUAUAAUAUCAUUUAUUAGUUUAGUUUUAGUGAUAAUAUAUCGCAAUGAAUACAAUAGGUUACGUUAUGUGCUUGAAGUAUUAAAUUUCUUUGGAAAACCAAAUGGAAUUGAAAAUAACUACUGUAAUUUAUUAGAGAAUGUAACAAUGAUAAACAAAUAUAAUGUACCCAUACCAGCCUGGCAAAAUAUUGGAGAUGCAUAUAUUUACUCAGCAUUUUGGGAUGAAAGUUCUAUUGGAGGUACAGUGCAGGCUUUGGGUAUUUCAAAGGAAGUAGCCUUUCCUUUAUUCAUGUGCAGUAUAUGGUACACUAAUCAAAUAAAGCCGGUCAAAGGAAAAUUCUCCACUCAAUUGUUAAGUACAUCAAGCAAUGAAUAUAAUUAUAAAUUAUAUAUAUUUUCUUGUCGAGUAGACAAAUCUUUUGGGGUUCCCUUCAAUGUCAUGUACUAUAAAGAUUCAAAUAUAAAAUCAUCUGGAAUUCCGGUCUAUUCAAAGAAUUUUCUAUCUCCUAGCAAUAGCAUUUUGGCAUGCAUCAAACCAACUCAUAGCACCAGGAAUCCAACUGAAACAAUUGAAUUCUUAAAUUUUCAUCAAGUACUUGGAAUCAAAAAUUAUAUUAUAUAUGACAAUGGUAUUUUAGUUCCAAGUUUAUUAAACCCAUUAAUUGGUUUAGAUAUAACUGUUUUACCUUGGAACUUACCAUUUUAUUUAGAGCAAGAAUUAGUGCACCAAAUAAUAGAAAAUGAUUGCUUAAUGCGCACUAAAAAUGCAGUUGAGAUGAAUGUUAUUUUAAAUUGGAAUGAACUCAUUGUGCCUAGUGCUGAAACUUCAGUGUCUUCACUUAUAAAUGCCUAUGAUCCUUUGCAAAGAUUCAAAAAAUUUCAAUUUUCUGUUCUAGAUUUUUGCUUAGAUUUUCAAGAUGAAGAAAAUAAUCCAAAAACCCAAGUUAUAUUCCAUAAAUUACAUUACAAAAAAAAGAAGGAGAGUGCCACAUUCCUUAUUAGAUCGAAGUCAAUAAAUGAUGAUGAAUCACAACAAAAGUUAAUUGAUUCAGAAAUAGCAAUUGUACAAAGAUAUGUGGAAUGCUUCAAACAUAAUAUCAGUAACAAACUAGACAGAUCAUCAAUUAUAUUGAGGUUUAAUACAGACUUUGUGAAAACAUAUUUAUACAAACUGUGGAUAACUGGUUCUUUAUUCAAAUAGAUAGAAACAUUAAGCAUAAGUUCCUGAUCGUUUUGAUGCUAAUAUAAAAGACUGAUCAGUUAUCUAAUAAUGAUAACA